CUGCGCUGUCAGAUGAAAGUUUGGCGCAGCAGCGAUGGAUCAGCGCGCUCUGUAACCGAGCGGAUUUAGUACCGGGACGCGCAGCGCUGAUUUCGCUCCAUUUAACGGGUCACCAUGAAGUUCGCCGAGCACCUGUCGGCCCACAUCACUCCGGAAUGGAGGAAGCAGUACAUUCAGUACGAGGCCUUUAAGGAGAUGCUGUAUGCAGCACAGGAUCAGGCUCCAUCUAUAGAAGUGACUGACGAGGACACCGUUAAGAGGUACUACGCCAAAUUUGAGGAGAAGUUCUUCCAGACAUGCGAGAAGGAGCUGUCCAAGAUCAACACCUUCUACUCAGAGAAGUUAGCGGAGGCUCAGCGGAGGUUCUCCACCCUCCAGAACGAGCUGCAGACCACCGUGGACGCUCAGAGAGAGAGCAUCAUGGGUAAACGCAGGAGGACGGGACUCACCCUGAGCAACGAGGAGAGGAACCAACACCGCAACAUCAAGGACCUGAAACUGGCCUUCAGCGAGUUCUACCUCAGCCUCAUCCUCCUGCAGAACUAUCAGAACCUGAACUUCACCGGGUUCCGUAAGAUCCUGAAGAAACACGAUAAGAUCCUGGAGACGCAGCGGGGGGCCGACUGGCGCGUCACACACGUGGAGGUGGCGCCGUUUUACACCUGCAAAAAGAUCACGCAGGUCAUCUCUGAGACCGAGACUCUCGUUACUUCUGAGCUGGAGGGAGGCGACCGACAGAAAGCCAUGAAGAGGCUGAGAGUACCACCACUCGGAGCUGCUCAGCCUGCUCCAGCGUGGACGACGUUCAGAGUGGGUCUGUUCUGUGGGAUCUUCAUCGCUCUCACCAUCACCUUCAUUCUAGCCGGUGCGUUUUAUUUCGGCAAUAAGAACGUGUGGCCGAUGGUGCGGAUGUACCGCGGCGGCUUCCUGCUCAUCCAGUUCCUCUUCCUGCUGGGCAUCAACACGUACGGCUGGAGGCAAGCGGGAGUCAAUCACGUGCUCAUAUUCGAACUCAACCCUCGCAGUAACCUGUCCCACCAACACCUGUUUGAGAUCGCAGGUUUCCUGGGUGUGUUGUGGUGUGUGAGUAUACUCUCGUGUCUCUACGCCGGAUUCACCGGUUUGCCGAUGCAGGCGAAUCCUCUGAUCCUGUACGGCCUGAUGCUCCUGUUCCUCAUCAACCCGUUCAAAACAGGAUAUUACAAAUCACGCUUCUGGCUCCUCAAACUACUGUUCCGGGUGUUCACGGCUCCGUUUCACCGGGUGGAGUUUGCUGAUUUCUGGUUGGCUGAUCAGUUGAACUCGUUGGUGAUCGUUCUGAUGGAUCUGGAGUAUUUGGUGUGUUUCUACAGUGUGGAGCUGCAGUGGGGGGAGGUGGAGGGUCUCCUCCCCGAACAGUCAGGUGAUGGGAGGUGCAACACUUACUCGUACGGACUGCGUGCCAUCAUCCAGUGUCUCCCUGCGUGGUUCCGAUUCGUCCAGUGUCUCCGGCGUUACCGUGAUACCAAGCGUGCAUUUCCUCACCUGGUGAAUGCUGGGAAAUAUUCCACCACCUUCUUCGUGGUGGCGUUCGCUGCCCUCUACAGCACACACGAUAAUCAGAACGAUGCAGACGCCGAGGCCUUCUUCUACCUGCUGAUUAUCUUCUCCACCAUCAGCUCCCUCUACAACCUGAUCUGGGAUCUGAAGAUGGACUGGGGUCUGUUCGACAAAAACGCCGGGGAGCACACCUUCCUCCGGGAGGAGAUCGUCUAUCCGCAAAAGGCGUAUUACUACUGCGCCAUAGUGCAGGACGUGAUCCUGCGUUUCUCGUGGACCCUGCAGAUCGUUCUGGCCAACGUCACUCACGUCUCCUCCAUUAACGAUAUAAUGGGCACGGCUCUCGCACCACUGGAGGUCUUCAGGCGCUUCGUGUGGAACUUUUUCCGGCUGGAGAACGAGCACCUGAAUAACUGCGGUGAGUUCCGGGCGGUGAGGGACAUCUCGGUGGCUCCGCUGAACGCAGACGACCAGACGCUGCUGGAGCAAAUGAUGGACAGCGAGGACGGAGUCAAACAUCGCCAGGGCAAGAAGACCUGGAGGAGGAGCUACAGCCUGACGCUGCGCCGCCCCCUACUGUCACAAUCCAAAAAGGACACGAAGGUGCUGAUUGAUGACACGGAUGAUGAAGCGUUCAGCUGAACCAACCCACGCCAAGAAUCCGAACAACACACACACCAUCAGAGAGCUGCCUCGGCAUCACACACACACACACACACACACACACACACACACAGGGUACUCUUGACUGCUCUUAUUAGCUGUUUUUUAUAUGAUUUCUGUGAUUUGAUUAUUUUUUAGUGUUUUUUAAGAUUUUACCUACACGAGACUGUUUACAGAAAUAAUAAUCAACUCAAUGCACAGGAAGUGACAUCACUGCAGUGAUAAUAAGCACACUUCAGCACUGGACUGCACACACACUCGGAAAACUCUUUCAAACCUCGACGUGCUCUCUUUGUAUCUGUCGUUUUUAUAACCAUCGAGUCAGCCGCCUGCUCGCCGCUCACUUUCCUCUCCUUCUCUUUUAUUUCAUUUUCUUCCAUCAUGUUAUGCUGAUAUCGAAGAUCUAGGAGGAGCUCCUGUCUGUGAUUUCAGUUUUAGGAGAAAUUAGAGAGCCAUGGAUCGUCCCAAAUCGCACCCUAUAUUCUACUAAUGAUUUUGCCAGUCUGCCUACGUUUCCACUCUUAGCGUUGUAUCCAGACGGCCUGGUAGCUGGCGCACAUUCACUUUAGGUGUUAAAAAAUAGAUUCCAAAUUAUGUCCAUAAUUACACUUGAGCCCAAAGUCCAGACUGCACCUCUCGAGGGUUUUCCAAAAUGGAACUGAUGCAUUAUUCAUUUCCUGCUCCUAAUUAACUCCAAUUAUUGGUGCCUGCCAUAAAAUCUGGACCAAAGCUGGCAGACUGCAGAUAAUUUUGUCUCAAGUGCUACACAGUCUGUAUCUGGAUUCUGGACACGUCCAUCCCUGAUUAUAUUACAGCCCAAGCCCAAGGGAAGCAACGUUAAUGAGUGGAUAGAACAGCCUAGGCUUUGGGAGGUACAAUUAUUAGUGCGCUCUCAGUGCCAAUCCCAAACCUGGUCUGGAAAAAGUAGGGGUGCCUGGUCAGGAAAGGCGUCCAGUGUGCAGACCAGAUGAUCUGCUGUGGUGAUGUUUAACAACAAAUAAUAGAAAUGUCUGAGGUGGAUGUAGAUUCUGACCGGGCUUUAGUGUCCUGUCUUGCAUUUUUAGGGUUUUUCUUUUCUUCUGUCCACUGAUCAGACCAGCUUGACUUUCCUAGCUCAGUUUGUGAGCAUCAGUGAAGGACACGCUGCAUGUGAACAAGCCCACAAGUUCAUGUUAGCGGGACGCACGUUCAGUAGUCGGUUUCUUACUAUAUUUCUUGCCUUGUUGGUUGUUUUUGGUUUUUUUUUUUCAGUUUGUUUUGGGACAUAAAGCUCAGAUUCUCUUUUAUUAAUGCAGUCUGUUGUUUGUU